UUUACGUGUUUUGUGGAUUAAAUGUUUGAAACAGCUACUACCUGAUAUUUUUCAUACGUUUAUUUUGAUUCUGUGAACCUAACUGAUGAUGAAAUGUCUAAUUAACAGAUUAAAGGGCAAACUUAAGGUAAUUCGUGAAUGACCGCUAAAUAGUGUCAGUUGUUUUUUUGUAACAGUAUUUUGUGGAUUUAUUUAUUUAUUUGUUUUUUCAUUGAUGUUUAAAAUACCUGUGAAAACAUUACAUUAGAAUAGGAGUGAUAACUCUGUUUCAACUUAUGACAUGUUAUCAUGCAACUUUAUCAUUUUCAAGACAUCGUUCAAGUAACCUUUAUACUACUAUUAUCUGAAAUGGUACCAGUCUGCUUUUCGAAAGAAAUACAUCUUCCUAAACUAAUUCUUAUUUCUAUGGAUGGCUUUAGGUACAAUUAUCUAGACAAGCUUCCUCUCGAUAAGAUAACUAAUUUCACUUACCUAAUUAAAAAUGGUGUGAAAGCCAAGUUUAUCAAAAACGUAUUUCCAACUGUUACAUACCCGAAUCACAUGACGAUAGCUACUGGUCUAUAUCCUGAAAGCCAUGGUGUUGUAGACAAUGUAUUUUGGGACCCAUACUUAGAAGAUAAAUUUGACAUAGGACAUUUUAGACAAAACUUUGAAUCAAAAUGGUUCGACAGCGGUGGUGAACCUAUAUGGGUCACCAAUCAGAACGCAGGAUCGCAUAGGGAUAGUGGCGUCAUAUGGUGGCCAACUGGUGUCGCAGCAAUCAAAUCAUACAUGCCACGGGUAAUGCCGGCAGAUGAAUUUAAUGAAACUGUUUCAGACUGGAAAGUAAGAGUUGAUACUUUAAUCAGAUGGUUUAGAAAUGAUAAAGAAAAUAUCAGACCAAUAAAUUUAGGAAUAUUGCAUUUUUCUGAUCCCGAUCUCACUGCGCAUAAAUAUGGUCCAGAUAAUGCGGAUGGUACUAUCACAGAUGAAGUACAACGAAUAAUCUUUAAACUUGAUGAUACAUUGGGAUAUCUUAAGCAUACAUUGGUGGAAUCAAAUCUUUGGGAGGAAAUAAAUUUGAUAGUAACCGCUGACCAUGGACAUACGAAUCUCCUUUCCCUGAAAGUUGGUCAGAUUAAUUUAGAUGAUUAUAAUAUAGAUCCAAAGUCUUAUACAACAGUUAGCGGUGUACACAAUGUAUUUACCUUGGAACCAACUGAAGGUACAGACUUAGAUAAAUUACACAGGAAUUUAAGUGCAAUACCAAAGAUAUAUGUCUACAGAAAAUGUGAUAAAUAUAUGAGUCGGGUACAUUAUUGCAAUAACAGAAGGAUAAUGAAAUUCAUCUUGGAAGCAAAAGAGGGGCAUUUCAUUGGAAACACUAAAAGUUUAAGUCUACUUAAAAAUAUUUCUAAAGGCUCGCAUGGCUAUGAUCAAAACAAAGUACCGAAUAUGCGACCCUUUUUCAUUGGUUUUGGACAAGCUUUUAAGAAAGGGAUUGUGUCAGAGCCAUUUGAGUCGGUUGAUAUUUAUCCACUUAUGUGUCAUAUACUUGGAAUACAGCCGGCUCCAAAUAACGGAUCUUUAGAUAAUGUGCACCAUCUCUUAGACCGAGAGUUUUCAACCCAAGCGGACCAAUUCCAGUUAACAGUUAUAACAUUGGUGGUUGUUUUUGCCGUAUUGGUAUUUGGCCUUUUCUUCGUAGGUGCUUUGCGACAACACAAGCACCCUAACAGAAAAACAACCGAUCUAACUGUUGGAUUGUCUCCCUUGCUUGCUGAUGACAAAGAUGGCGAAGAGAGCAAUGAGGAGCUUUUAUAGAAACAACGAACAGCUGUAACAGAAGUAUUAGUCAUGACGUCCAGACGAAUAAAAUGGUCAACUGUAAUGCUUUACAAUAAAAUAAGACUUAUACUUAAGACUUUUUUGUUACAAAAUCAAGAUAUAUAAUGACACAAGGGCUUCAUACACAUUCUCUUAUCUUUAAAAUUGUAGGUAUUUCGUUCAUGAGAUGAAGAUGAUGUUUUCGCUUUUAAUUGGAAAAUGUUUUUUGAAUAAAACCUCAACUUUUACCGAUAUGUUAGUUUAGAUUAUGUCUCAAAAUACAUAUUUUGGUCUUUAUUGAGAUGGAAAAAAGGUGACUACUUUCAUCGAUUUUUUUUCUUAAAAGAACAACCAUUCGACCUGAGUUAUAGCAUGCGUAAAAAUGGAACUUGCUGAAGACUAUAUACAAUAAAGCAUGAAUUAAAUUAAGGAUAUGAUCCCAUUUACACUUUUGUUAAAAGUGUAGUUAUUUUGUAGAACACUGCCUAUUUCGUUAUACAAUGAAAUUACACACUUGUAGUUUAUUAUCAGUCCAAGAGGAGAAGCACACAUGCACUAAACAUUUUAACUAGAACGGUAGACAAUUCCUUCUCUGCAAUUGUGAACCACACUGCACACGCGAAAAUGUGAAAAGCUUUAUAAAAACAGUAAACUUGAGCAUAUAUGUGAUGAUAUUUUACACAGACAUGAUUAUUUUUCACCUUAGUCAUGAACCGUAAAAUGUUUUAAUGAAUAAACAGGAGAUAUUGGGUAUAGGUGGCACGGUAGUAUUUCCUGGCCCAUAGGGAUAAUGGUAGCCUUUUUAGAAUUUUCAACACUUUCUAACACUGCAAAAAAUUCUACAUUCACAGUUAACUGAAGUACUUUCAUUUUACUAUUCAGAAAGGAAUUUGAAUAUGUAUCAUGACCGUUUACUUUUUUUGCUAUUUUUGAAAACCUAAGGCCACUAGUACUUUUAGGUCUUUUAUGGUGCAGUGAAUAAAAAAUUUAAAAAAAUUCUCAAAAAUUCAUUUUCAUCUGUAUGUAAAACUAUUUCAUAUUUUUCUACACCUGAUUCAUCCCUCAGUUUGGGAAAGUAUAUUCAGUUGAUACUGUAUUUUUUUGUCCAAUCACACUGUUUAGAUACAUUAACCUAAGUAGGGUACACACAAGAGCAACCUAAAUUCUGGAAUGCAAAUACUACCCGUAACCGUGCCACCUAUAAGACCUUUUCAACAACUCUCGACACCGACAAAUGACACCUACAGUUUACAGGUACAUUUGAGGGGUCGUCUCAAAGACAAAAACAUCAUGAUUAUCAUAUACACUGUCUUUAACCUAUAGCUACAGAAGGUAUAUAAAACAAACAACAAUGAUAAAUAUAUUUCUCUCUGUCAUAUACUAUUCGUAUUGUAUGUAUUUACACCACAUUUGACGUGGAAUUGAUUAAAAUGUUGAUUGGCUUUCUCUUCAAUUUUUGAUAAUGCGAGUCUUCCAUCAAAGAUUGUGCCGCAUGACAAUAACGAUUUAAAUGUUUUUGUAAAAUUUUUAAUGAAUUGUCAAAAUA